ACGUCUUCACAGUCAACUUAACCUAGAAUUCAAUAACAUUUGUUUACAAGUGGAUCCAUACCACAGUAAAACUAUUAUAAUUUUAUAAUCAUUAACUGAUUUGUGUGUAGCUGUGUUUCCAUAGAUAAGUCCUGAAAAAGUGGUUAAUAAUUCACAUACUAUCGAGUGUAGAUUUUUGCCAAACAACUACAAUUCUCCUGUUCUGAGUUUUCACAUUAUGCCUCUGUUUAAUCACAAUCCUGUGGUCGAGCACGCUCUUAUUGGGGGUAUUUUGUCCACCCUUUUUAUAAUUGCCAAUUAUUCUCUACAUAGAAUUGAGGAAGGACACGUGGGAAUUUAUUUUAGGGGAGGAGCCCUGUUGCCUGGAAUGAGCUAUCCUGGGUAUCAUAUGAUGAUUCCUUUAUUAACUGGCUACAAAAGUGUACAGGUAACACUUCAAACUGAUGAAGUAACUAAUGUGCCAUGUGGAACAAGUGGUGGUGUAAUGAUCUACUUUGAUAGAAUCGAAGUAGUAAAUUAUUUGAAUGUUAAUAGCGUAAUGGAUAUAGUAAGAAAUUACACUGCUGAUUAUGAUAGGACAUUGAUUUUUAAUAAAAUCCAUCAUGAACUAAAUCAAUUUUGCAGCAUACAUACUUUACAUGAGGUGUACAUUGAUCUAUUCGAUCAGAUUGAUGAGAACCUUAAGCAGGCUUUACAAAGAGACCUGUUAGAAAUGGCACCAGGUUUAACAAUUCAAGCUGUUAGAGUAACAAAGCCUAAAAUUCCAGAAGCUAUAAGAAAAAAUUACGAAGUGAUGGAAGGAGAGAAAACCAAACUACUAAUAUCAAUUGAACAUCAAAGGGUUGUUGAGAAAGAUGCUGAAACCGAUCGAAAGCGAGCCAUUAUCGAAGCCGAAAAAGGCGCCCUAGUUGCCAAAAUUCAAUACGAUCAAAAGAUAAUGGAAAAGGAAUCGUUGCAACGAAUAUCCCAAAUUGAAGAUGAAAUACACUUGGCUAAGGAAAAGGCUUUGGCAGAUGCAGAAUUCUAUAAAAUGGAGCGGCAAGCUGAAGUAAAUAAAAUACUUUACACGAAAGAAUAUCUCGAAUUGACAAAAUAUGCAUCUUUGGCGAAAAACACCAAAAUUUACUUCGGCAAUAACAUACCACAAACUUUUUUCGGUGAGGUUUGUCAGAAUUCUAUUCUAGCUGCGAAUGGUAAACAGUCGAAAGAAGUUCCUCUGGUCUGAUAAAUUCCUUACUUGGUGAUGAAUUCAAGUGUGAAUGUAGGUUGUUUUUAUUGGUUUUAAAGUGAUAAACUUUGUGUUCUUAACUUUAAUUUAAGUUUAAAUUUAUUUAAGUAUCAGUACUACUAAGUAUCAUUUACUAUCACUAGCAAAAAUAGAAACUGUGUGGUGCAUAAAA